GAUAAAGAGGAAGGUGGUAGCUUUGAGUCAGACUCCGCGUCGACAAUAACACCGCGCACAAUCCUGAGUGCACAAAGUUCAGUAGGACAGUUCACAGGGAUAAGCAUGGGAUCUUUAGGCACUCAAUCUUCGCUCAACGACACUGAACGUCCUGCUACUCCUCACAGGACCUCGCGUAUCAGUAGAUAUGUCACUCCUGUAGCGCCUACCGGUCCUGGUCUGCAACGCCAGCCAAGCGUCGGUAACGUUCUCGCGAGAGCUUCUAGCUUCAGCACAACUGGCGGCCCGCUCUUGCCACGGCAGAUCAGUUCUACCGAUCAUCAUCAAGAAACAACGAAUUUGCAACGUCAAAUUUCGACGGGUUCGACAGUCGCACAGAAACAAAAUGACGGGGCGAUGCAACGGCAAAAUAGCGGCGGCUCGGCGAGCACGACAGGAAAUGGAGUUCUCCGACAGGGAUCGCAGGGUUCCCUGUUUGAACAGAUCGCAAGCCAGGCGAAAGAUUUAGUGCGCGAAACUACUAGACAAAGCAGUCAGGAUGGAUUACUCGCGCAUAUGGACAAGCUUAAACAUCAGGCGAAGGAAAAGAUCACGGAGGCAGGCGAGGAUAGUCUGUUUGCACCGUUGGAACAGUUAACGCAACAAACUAAGAAAGCGAUGGGCGAAGCGACGAAGUCGGUGCAAGAGGCGUCGAAAACCGCGUUAGAAGCGAGCAAAACCGCGGCGGGUGUCAGUAAAAAUACGCUCGACGAUUUGACAUACGUUGGUAAAAGCACGUUGGGAGAUUUAACUAAAAGUGCCAAAGAAGUUGCCGCGAAAAAGGGUUUGCUCAAGAGUCUUGGAGAAUCUCAACAACAAUCGCCUACACACUCACCAUCGUCUCCCAAUGCGACGCAACAGCGGAAAGACUCGAUCAGCAAUCAGCUGGUCGCGCCGGACACGCGCGGCGGUGUCGGCCGUGAUUUCUUUAGCAAUAUUAGCAGCGAUCUGAAUGGUUUUGCCGCGCAGACCAGCAGCAUGUUCAGCGACUUGUUCGGUAGUAAAGGUAAUUCUAAUCGAGGCGGUAGCUUCUUCCCGCAGACUCAGAAAUCGAAAGAGAAGACCAAUCCGAUUCUCCCCCCAUUUCCCAAAGUUACAGGAAAAACAGGAUUGGUAGAACGUUCCUCGUUGAUAAAACACUCUUCGCACAAGGCUAAUCAAGAAGACGUGCAGAGGAUGCAAAACGCGGAACGUUCUAGCACAAACAGCGACAAUCAAGCCUUCUUGAACGACGUGAUAACGAGUGUGCUAGCUGGCGAAGGCGUUGGUUGGCUCAAGUUAAAUAGACUGAAAAAAUUAAUGGAGGAUGAAAACUAUCGGGAUCUGGUCGUGACAAAAUUGAACAAGGGUCUCAAUAGAAAAAUCAGUCCGGAUGAUCACAUUGACGAUGUGGCUAUAUCGAAACCCGUGUACAAGGGAAUGUUAAAGUGCCUUCAAGCAGUAACGCAUGGUCUCGCACAUACAUACAAUAAUUUCGGGCUAGGCGGGAUGGCUUCAGUCUUCCAACUGAUGGAAAUCGCUCACACACAUUACUGGAGCAAAGAUCUAUCCGAAAGCGGUUUCGACAGCUCUUUAAUGUCACAGGCGUCCAGUCCGUUUGGAAGUAGAGAAAACUUGAAAUCUCCACAGUCUCCAAAUCAACCUGACUUUUCAGAUAGCACGCAAAAGUCGGAAAUACCUCAAGUAUACUUGGAAACGCCACAAGCUGCGCCAACAGACACGAGUCAAUCAACGACGGACAUAUUUCUGGACAUGUUCACGAAGAAAGGAAAAUUUCUGAGCAAGCUAACUUCGUUCGAUUCAGAGAGUGGGCGGGGUGGUGGAACGGGGAGCAGCGAAGCUUUAUCCACAGACGGAGGUAGCAUUGUCACUAAUCCUGCUUUUCGGCAAGCGCACCAAGCUUCCUUCCGAAGCACCGUGUCUGAUAGCGAGGUCGAGCAAGGCAAUUUUCCUCGGCAAGGCAAGCAACGUUCCGGCAGCGUUUGGUCCAGCAAAUCGUCUCUGAGCACCGGAUUUCGGUAUCACGGCGGUAGCUUGAUGACCACGACGUUGCCGAGUCCGGAAGCUGCGAGAACGUAUCUCUUCGAAGGUUUAUUAGGAAAGGAGAGAUCGUCUUUGUAUGAUGAAAUGCAAUUCUGGGAGGAUGCGUUUUUAGACGCCGUCUCGCAGGAACGAGACAUGAUGGGCAUGGAUCAAGGACCCGGGGAAAUGGUGGAGAGAUAUAAGAGUUUGAGCGAGAGUGAAAGGAGACGAUUGGAGCAUGAAGAGGACAGACUGCUGUGCACGCUGUUACACAAUCUCACCGCUAUCUUGGUGAUGCUGAAUGUGGACAAGAACGAGCUAAAACGAAAGGUGCGCAGAUUGCUCGGCAAAAGUCACAUCGGCCUCAUCUAUAGUCAGGAGUUAAAUCUACUUCUCGAUCAAAUAACCAAUCUUCACGGAAACGACAUCGAUCUAAAGCCUCUGACGUCACGGCAAAUGCAUCGGCAAUCGUUCACUGUGCACGCCGGAGUCGAUUCCGAGGGUGAUCUGCGGUUUCUCGAGGUUCGCCACGAUGGUCUUGUGCUGAGAUCGGUAAACGGUGUCAUAGUCGAGCGUUGGUGGUACGAGCGCGUAGUCAAUAUGACCUACAGUCCGAAAACAAAGGUUCUGUGUUUGUGGAGGCGAAGCGGAGGCAAAACUGAAUUACAUAAAUAUUAUACCAAAAAGUGUAAGGACGUGUAUUACUGCAUAAAGGACGCGAUGGAGAAGGCAGCGACUCGCGGGCGAGGCGCAAAGGAGGAUUACGAGCUCGGUGGCGAGUUUCCGGUACAGGACAUGCGAACGGGCGAGGGUGGACUCCUGCAGGUUUGCAUGGAAGGAGUCGGUUUGCUCUUCGCGAACAGCAAGGAUUUCGAGUUUUUUGUAAGACUCGAUCAUAUCCGCAAGUGCUUUACUCAAAAGGAUGGAAUCUUUGUUUUGGAAGAAUUCAAUCCUAAAACUAGACAAGUAAUUCAACGUAAAUAUAAGUCACAAAUGGCGCCUGAUAUCUGUUACGCUGUUCUCUGCGUAUUUUCGUACGUGGCAGCUGGAUCGGAGCAACGAAAACAAGGUCAGCAACAGCAGCAACAUCAACAGCAACCACAACAGCAGCACCAGCAGCAGCAGCAACAACAGUAUCAACAGCAUCAGCAACAACAGCAUCAGCAACAGCAGCAGCGCUAUCAACAACAGCAACAUACACUACAAUCACGUCAACAACAACAACAACAACAGCAGCAGCAGCAGCAACAACCUCACCAAUCCCGGUAUCCUUAUCAGCAACGCAAGCAGGAACAACCGCAACAAUCGAGCAACGCGCCACUGCACAGAAACACACAACUAGAUCCGCACUCCCGUCAACACUGACGAACGGAACAGAGACACUCGCUUCCCUUUAUCCACAGCGUUCACAACAAAAAUAGUUGCGCCCCGUACACCUGUCUACCUUGGGUAUAAGUGUGCUAUCUUUCCUGAAAUUUCGUUGAAACUUUCAAUCGAACACAUACAUAUGUAAACACUUAAUAGCGACAUUUAUUAAUUCUCAGAGAGAAGUAAUGUUAUAGUUUUUUCUCAAAUGAUAUCGUGUUUCUUCUUCUCCCUCUAAAAACCAAACUUAUUACGAAAAAGAUGAUCCUAACAACGGGAAAUAUUUUUAAAUUAAAUCAGUUUAAUUAAUAUGAUAUCUCAUAGUCGUGAGUCGAUAUUUGAUUCGCUAUAGUCUUAAUCGUCAAUGUGAUAGCUGUGCUAUUCUCGUACUCGUCCGUAUACGUGAACACACACGUGUAUGCGUCACACCUAAAGCAAUUAAAUACAAUAACUAUUUGUAUAAUUGUGCGGCAGUAAAAGUUUAUGCGCCGCACCAAGAGAGAAAUUGCAAUUAAUUGUGAUUGUUCGCGAUUGAAGAAGCAGAGAUUUUUAUUUUAGUUGUUGUACAUUAUAAUAUAUAUGUAUAGUCGAAGUAAGUACACUUACUCGAUGUCUGAUCGGUCAGCGCUAAAAAAAAAAAAAUGAUCUUCGCUAAAACUUUCCACUUAUUGCCGUCGGAGUAUUUCGCUCUUCAGUCGUUUUUAGAUACUCGAACUUCGCGGCGAACUACAAACGAAACGUAGAUAUUACGACAGAUAGUAGUUUCGUCAUUCGCUGUCUCGAUUUUCCACAACUGUCGUCGAAUUCUAGCUGCGUUAUUUCUUAUUAUUAUUUGUUUUUUGUUUGACUUGCGUACACGAAAUAUAAGUGAAACUGUCGCGUAGGAUGUUUAGAAAACUGUAGUAUUGUAUUCUAUGUCCCAAAUACAGGGAUCGAUUAUUUUAUACACGGUUUCGAACACGGAAGACAAAUUUUUCUUUCGGUAGCUCGUAGAGCUCGUUAGAAUACACGCAUCGAUCUCGUUACAUAUUAGGGAGCAUUAUGCGUGAUAUAUACCAAACCUGUACAAUAAUCCGGAAACGACGUCUUCGAAAUGCUGUGAAACCACACAUCCUGCGUUUUCCUAGGAAUGUAUAGUUAAGUAUAUCGGAAGCGCCAAACCAACGAGAUUGCACGUUUUAUAUCGCGAUCGCGACAAACGGAAUUGGCACUAAGUGCGCGCAGCGACGUUUCUGCACGAAUAAAAUCGUUACUUUAUUCAUUUCUUUUUUUUUUUUUUAUUGAUAUUUGUUUUACAUAAUGUUAUGUAGAUGAAACGACCAGCCUAGAAAGGGAUACAAUAGUAUCGCGGAAACUCAACUGAAAAAAACCUUAGCAUAUGUGUCGCACACAGAUGCCAGAGGAAAUAAUAUAUUUUCUUGCAGUAUAAAAAAAAUGAUGCAUAUAGAUAUUUGUAAAAAGGAUAUAGGAAUUUGUAAAUAACGGGCGAAGUAGCGAAUUGAUACAAACAGGCGUGACAACGCUCCUUUUUAUUUCCUGUAUCUUUUACUACAAUUAAUAUAUUUGUAAAGAGCUCAUUUUGACAGCUAAGUUAUAGAGAAGUACGUUUCUAAAACCAAGACAGAGGAUUCUCUUCUAUAUAUAACAUAGUAAACAUAUAUACCCGCACACACAAUCUUUCUGUAUCAAAAUUGUCUGCCUAAAUCCCGACGUUUAAAAGUUUGUCAUCGAUGCCGUUCACACAAUCAAAUAUUUCGAGAUAUGUAUCGCGAUCACGCAAUGAGAAGAAACCCUAAAUCUCUAGAAGAGAAAGUAAUACCUCGCAUUGUAUAGUCAUACAUGUAGACGCCUUAUGCCCAAAAUAUACGAGUAGUCAAACUGAUACUAAACAAUGAUUUUUAAAUAUUUCCUUACCGUUUUAGAACUCGAACAUUUCUGUAUUUUUAUACUUAUAUACAAUUUAUAUGAAUAUUUAUUUUCAAUUUAAUACUAUUUAUAUGAAUAUUGUUUCUUUACGGUUUAACUUAUAUUUAUUUGACGGCGACUAAAGAAAUACGAAUCAUUAAAACGUUUCGUACAGUAUACUUAUAUUCAGCUUCACAGCUAAGUUUUUUCUGUCGAUUCAUAUUGUUUCGCAAGUAAAUUUCUCUCAAUAACUUCGUGUGCUUCCUCGACAAAUUUCUAGUUCUCACCGGUACAUUUAAUUUACAUAAAAACUGAUCGAAAAAGGCUGUAGUUCCUGUGAGUUACACACAAAGAGAAAAAUUUGUUGUGGACGAAGUUCUUUGUCUUUCGAAAGAUGUUGACUGGAAAAAGACGAUUAAAGUUACAAAAGAAAUUGAUGAAAACAUUUUUAAAUACUUUACAGCAAAGUAAGUUUAAUAUAGUACAAUUGUGCGCGUGCACACGAAAUACACACGUGGUUUCGUGUAUGUAUUGCCAGUGUUAAAAUAUGGUCACGUUCUUCAGUGAUCUUUGAAAAAACGUACAACUCAUAGCGAUUACUUAAUCUACGUGUUUACAAAAAACUUGGCAGAAGAAUUAAUAAGCGACUUCUCAAAAGCAAUGCCGUGCGUAAUCUAUACACUGUCUAUCGUCGUAAUUGCAAUCAAUGAGUCCGUAUCUGGCUGGAAUGAUAUUUUAAAUGGUUCAAUGGGCGUGUUU